AUGGCGGGCUACGACGAGGCGCUACUGCGCAUGUUUGCCAUUCGCGCAGAGAGAAAUGAGCAGACGACGCUGGGGUUCAUCAUUACUUUGGGCACGAUAGGACUUGCCUACAUCGCCUUUUACUUGAUCAGACAGUCGAAUCACUGGGUGAGACGGAGAUCUCGGGGCUCAGCGUCACCAUCUUUGCUCGCUGCGCUACCCAGACAAAUCAGAAAGCUAACUAUUCAACGUGCGGCCGGGGUGCCAUCACUUGGCCACGGAGUCAUCACGACCCUGUUCAUGGCGCUCAACUUGAUUUGCCUCUUUGCCAAUUUGGACAGCAGCAUGAACAUGACAACAAACAUUGCUUCGCGGACCGGCUGGCUGGCUAUUGCGAAUCUAGUUGUUGUCAUCUUCUUCGCGCUCAAGAACACGCCCCUCGCUUUCUUGACCGCAUGGUCAUACGAACGGCUCAACUGCCUCCACCGCAUCUCGGGUUACGCUGCCGUGACGCAUCUCAUUGUUCACGCGGCCUGCUAUUCUGCUUACUUUUGCAGCAUCAACUACUGUAAAAAACUGCUGGACACGUCUGAUAUUUAUGGGAUUGUUUCGGGGGGUUGCUGGGUGCUGCUUGCAUUGGCUGCCGUGUUCAUCCGGCGCUGGUGGUAUGAGCUGUUCUACUACGUGCAUGUCGGCCUUUGGGUUGUGUCCAUUGUCACCCUUGGCUUACAUCAACCCUUCUUGACCAACAAGAUUGUAUAUGGCACGAUUAUUGCCGGCUCCAUGUGGGGGCUAGAUCGUGUUAUUCGAUUCGUUCGACUCAUGGUACACAGCAGCAACACGGCAACUCUUACACCAUUGCCCAACGGAGGCACUCGGGUCACGUUGGCCAAGUCUCCCCUGGGUGCUCAUUCCGGCAAACACUGCUUCCUGUGGAUUCCCAGGCUUCGACUAUUCGAAACACACCCGUUCACUAUUGCAUCGGCCGACCCUCUCGAGCUUGUGAUUGCAUCUCACAACGGCUUUACCGGAGAUCUGCACAAGUACGCCGUUGAGAACCCCGGUGUGACUCUCAAGGCAUCGAUCGAAGGGCCUUAUGGCACGGUUCCAGACCCAUCGGCUUUUGAGACUGUGGUCUUGGUUGCUGGCGGUAGUGGCGCCAGCUUCACCUUUGGCUUGGCGAAUGCGCUGUUGAGCCGAGCGACGGGGGCCAUGACGAAGCGCGUCAUCUUUGUAUGGGCGGUCAAGUAUCAUUCAUAUUUGAACUGGUUCGCCCAUCAUCUUGCGAACCUGAGCGACGAUCCUCGAUUCAUAAUUCAAGUCUUUGUCACGAGAUCGGCAUCACCACUGCCACCCUUGCCCACUGGCUUCUCCGGACCUUCACCCGGGCAGUUUGAGACUAGUAUCGUCAGCGAGAUCUUGAUGGAGAAGGAGCAGGUCCAUCGCAUUCGCCCGGUGGGUUCAGACUCAUCCAUCGACUUGGAAAGGUCUCAGCCCUCGUCAGACAGCGAGUCUGUAUCUGCCGCGAGCUCGUACUGCCCGGUGGACUUGCGCAACAUUCCAAUAAAAUACCAAAAGCCCAACAUUACGGCGCUGAUCCGUGACGUGGUGGGCGGCACCCAUCCUGAGGAGCGAGUUCUCAUCACUGGGUGCGGGCCGUCUCAGUUGAUGGACUUGAUGAGAGAGACGACAGCGGAAAGUAUCCGGUCAGACGGUCCUAGUAUCGAGUUGCACUGCGAGGAAUUUGGCUGGUGA